AUGGCCACUGCUCUUCUACUAAAUGAUGACUUUUACACAAACACCGAUGAUAAGUAUCUUGAAAUAUUCUCACUUAUUUGGCUUGAUGCAAAUGUAGAUGUUAAAGACAAUCGAGACACAGAAGUAAAAUUACGUUCGAUUAUCAAUCAUAUCAAGAAAUUUCAAGAUAUAGAACAAUGUGAACAAUAUAUUGAUCAAACAUCACAAAAAGAUCGAUUAAUACUUAUUGUUAGUGGUCCAUUAGGACAAGAAAUAGUACCCUCCAUUCAUCAACUUCGACAAGUUAUAUCAAUUUAUGUUUAUUGUAUGGAUAAGAACAGUAAUGAACAAUGGGUUCACAAAUUUUCAAAAGUGAAAUCUGUUGUUGUUGAUCUUGACGAGCUUGUCUCCCAAAUCACAACAGAUCAUAAAAUUCACAAAAAGGUAGAAGAACCAUUGUCAAUCAAUAUUUUCUCAACAAAUGUUGGUGCAGGUAAAUCAACAACAGGAGUUAAUGGACAAUUUGUUUUUUCUCAAAUUCUCGUUGACUGUCUUCUACGGUUAAAAUCAACUGAAAUAGACAAAAACGAACUUAUUGGUCUUUGUGAAAAGGAAUAUGAAGGAAAUAAUACCGAACUAAACAAUCUUCGUGAAUUUCAACAAGAUUAUUUACCUGAUAAAGUGUUAUGGUGGUACACGAAAGAAUCAUUCUUCUACAAGAUUCUAAAUGCAGCUUUACGUACACAAAAUAUUCAUAUGAUGUUUUUGUUUCGAUCAUUUAUUUAUGAUAUAUAUCGUCAAUUGCAAAAAUAUCAAUCUAAGCAUCCGUUACAAGUUUAUCGAUGUCAACUAAUGUCAAACGAUGAAUUAAAUAGUCUUAAACAAAAUAUUGGCCAGUUUAUUUCAGUAAAUUCAUUUUUUUCCACCAGUGACGAACGUCGAACAGCUCUCUUCCUCCUAGGUGAUAUAACAACACAGAUUGAUUCAGAACGAGUGUUGUUUGAAAUCGAUGCUGAUCCUAAAAUAUUUAAUACAAAACCAUUUGCUGAUAUUAGGAAACAUAGUUGUUUUCCACAUGAAUCAGAAGUUCUCUUUAUGAUUGGUUCCAUCUUUCGUCUUAAUAAUAUUUAUCGUAAUGAUGAUCAAAUAUGGAUCGUUGAAAUGACUUUAUGUAAUGAUGAUGAACAUGAUUUAAAACAAGUUCUUAUGCAUAUGAAACAACAAAUUAAUAAUGAAGAAACAAAUCUUCGAAUACUUGGAAAUGUAUUAUGGGAGAUGGGUAAAUUUGAUUUAGCUGAAAAAUAUUUUAUUCGUUCGUUGAAACAGCUUUCAUCGAAUGAUCCAUUACAUAUCAGUUUAUAUGAAGACCUUGGCAAACUCGCAUCACAGAGAGGUGAUUAUGAUUUGAGUAUGGAAUGGCGUCAAAAAUUACUUACAUUCAAAAAGGAAAAUCUAUUAGCGACCAAUAUUAGUGUUAAUAAAACAAACAAUUCCAUCGAACAAUCAAUUCUUGUUGAUCAUAUUAAUAUCAACACAAAAUGGAAACAACAUGGAAUUACUGUUGCUGGAGGAAAUCGACGAGGCAAUCAAUUAAAUCAACUCUCUCGUCCUGAAGGUAUCUAUAUUGAUGAUGAUCAUCAAACUAUUUAUAUCGCUGAUUGUGGUAAUCAUCGUAUUGUCGAAUGGAAAUAUGAAGCAAAGAAUGGUCAAGUUGUUGCAGGUGGAAAGGAAAAAGGAAAACGAAGUAAACGAUUGCAUUAUCCAACAGGUGUGGUUGUUGAUAAAAACAGUGAUUCUCUCAUCAUUUGUGAUCGUGACAACAAACGAGUGGUACGAUGUUCUCGUCAAAAUGGUACAAAUGGAGAAACCAUCAUUUCUGAUAUUGAUUGCGAAGGUCUAACAAUGGAUAAUAAUGGAAAUCUUUAUGUCUCUAACUGGGUGAAGAAUGAAGUGAGACGAUGGAAACAAGGAGAGAGUGAAGGAAUAAUAGUAGCAGGUGGAAAUGGACAAGGAAAUCACCUCAAUCAACUGAAUUGGCCUACCCAUAUCUUCGUUGAUGGAGAUCAUUCAGUUUAUAUAUCGGAUCAUCACAAUCAUCGUGUGAUGAAAUGGAUGAAAGGUGCAAAAGAAGGUGUUGUUGUUGCUGGUGGAAGAGGUCAAGGAAAUAGUUUGACACAAUUGUCUCAUCCUGAAGGAGUGAUUGUCGAUCAUUUAGGUAAUAUUUAUGUGACUGACUCUCACAAUCAUCGAAUAAUGCGUUGGUGUGAAGGAUCUAAGGAAGGUAGUAUUAUUGUUGGUGGAAAUGGAGAAGGAGAAGAACCAAAUCAGUUCAAUCUUCCCAAAGGUUUAUCAUUCGACGUUCAAGGUAAUCUCUAUGUUGUCGAUUGUUGGAAUUAUCGAAUACAAAAAUUUGAAAUUGAUUUGAAUUAA